AUGCAUUUCUAUUGGUUUGACUUGAGAGAAAUCCCACUCAAUGGCUGCAUCAGCCAGCUAUUCUUUAUCCACGCAUUUCAAGAGAUGGACUCUGGCGUUCUUGUGGCAAUGGCUUAUGACCGGUUCAUUGCCAUCCGUGAUCCACUGAGGUACAGAUCACUUCUGCCAAAUUCAUUCAUUGCAAAAUUAGGUGUAGCUAUAUUGUCCAGAGCUUUCUGUGUCUGCUUCCCUUGUCCAUUUCUUAUUAAACGGCUCCCUUUCUGCCGAUCUAAUGUGCUUUCUCACUCCUACUGCCUCCACCCAGACACAAUGAAGUUAGCCUGUUCUGGCACACAAGUCAACAUUUUGUAUGGUUUGGUAAUGGCCAUGUUUACUUUGGGGUUGGACGUUGUGAUCAUUCUCAUAUCCUAUAUCCUGAUCCUGAAGACUGUUUUGAGCAUUGCGUCCCACCAAGAGCGGCGCAAGGCUCUCAACACCUGCGUCUCUCACAUUUCUGCCAUUUUGAUCUUCUACGUCCCGAUGAUUGGCAUCAGUGUGGUUCAUCGAUUUGGGAAGCACCUCUCCCCCAUUGUCCACAUGCUGAUGGCCAACAUAUACAUUGCGGUCCCACCACUUCUUAAUCCUGUUGUGUACAGUGUGAAGACCCAGCAGAUUCGGCAGAGGAUUUACAAAAUGUUCUUGUUAAAGAAAAGCAGGGGCUGA